UUUUAUAGAUAUUUAUUUUUACAAUCGUGUUCCUUUACACAUAGCUGUAGUAAACACUUUUGGAAGAACUUGUUUAAAUACACUGUACUUUAUGUUUUCUAUUUAUUGUUUAAUUUAAUUUAUUAUCUGGAUAAUAUGAGAUAGUGCAUGUACAAAAUGUUCAACAACAUAUAGGAGAAAAUUUGGAUAAUAAUUUUUUUUUACAAAAGUCAGACAGGAAUGUAGGCUCCUAUUUUUUAAUUAUUAAUAAUUAAAGGAAAUAGGCACCAUUUUUUAUGUACUCUAUUUUUCCUGUAUGCAGGUAGUAUACGUUAGGCUCUCUUCCAUAGUUUUUAAAUUUCGCACCACUAAUUUCAUGACUUUCUCACUCACCAUUUUCCCUCUUUGCUUUGACUGCGAGGGCAGCACUAUUUCAGCAGUGAGUCGUCAGCCAAUCAGAGCUAAGCAAUUUCUGUCCCUAUCCUCGUCUGCUCAAUAAGCCGCGGCCCGAAAAAUGUGCAUGAUUUAAAAUUUAGACUGCAGGGUACAUAGACAGUCAAUUGUAGAGUGCAGCUAAUAAAGGAUAUGUCACGUGACCAAAUGUGUCGCCAUUGUUGUUGUGAUAAAACAUUGUUUUACAUCUUUAUCUUUGUAUUAAAGAUUACAAACUUUAAGAAAUCGAAUUUUAUAAAGAAAAACAAAGUUUUGGAACCAUAUAGUACAAAAUUUUUGUGUUCAUUUUAUGUUACUGUAAUACAAAAAGUUGCGAUGUACGAGUGAUUAGCAUUAGCAUGUCUAAAAAAUUUUGAUCGAAGGUAUGUCAUGUACCAAAUAUUUUUUGUUCGGGAGUGAAAGUAGAAGAUAUAAAAAGUUAUUUUUUUAUAAUUUUUCGAACAAUUCAUUAUUAAGAAUAUUUAACUCUCAAGUGUUUUCUUAUGUGCACCGUACAUUUCCUUGGAAAAGAAACGAAAAUAAAAGUAAUUAACCUACAUUAAUGAACUCUGAAGUUAAAAUUUACUGAUUAAUUAUAAAUGGCGUGGAUACCUAAUGACAAGUUUAAAGAUGAAACAGUAUUGAUAAGUGGAAAUGUAGGGCGUGUAAAAUUUUGUGAACAGUAUGUGAAAGAUGUGCGUGAUUUUAGUUCUCAGUAUGGAAGUAAUAUCAGUAUUUCUUAUACGGCUUACAAUAUUGCUGGAUUUCCUAGUAAAUUUCCUGACUAUGGAGACUUUCCGCAAGCUUUUGUUAUGAGAACAUAUGGACCAUGGUGGAAUAAAGCACCUUCAAGACUGAUAGAUUAUAUGCCACAAAAUAAUGAAGAUGUUGUAAGCCAAGAUUACAUAGAUCUAGAAUUUUAUGAACCGGUAUAUCCAAUUAGAGUUUCAAUUUAUGAAACUUACAAUCCUGGAAGUGUAGUUGGAGUAUGGGCACAAAAUUUGGAAGGAAAGUGGAUUCAGUUAUGGAGUGGUGUUCCUCAAAUUGUUCUUCACAAGCCUCGCAUAUUUUCCCCUCGUUUACCGCUGUGUAAUUUUAUGACAAAGAUGAUAAGACUGGAAUUUAAUCACAAUUUAUUAGAUUAUUAUACGGAAUUAGAUGCUGUAUCACUUAUCGGAACAUCUAAUUUCAUUGUUCCUUACAAAUCACGUAAUCAAAGUUUAAAUGAUUUCAUACAACAGUUGGGUUAUUUUAAACAAAGUAGUGAUGAUAAAUAUAAUAUGACACCAGAUUAUUUGAAGGCAAGUUAUGAUUUAGAAGUACUAAAAGGAACGAUUUCCAAACACUGUAUGAUUUUUGAAAGUACAAUCGUGGAUAAUAUAUUCAAGGGUAACAUAGUAUCUCAAAUAGGUCAACACUAUCAAUUUGUUCCUCCUCUGGAGGAAGCAUGCAAUAGUUUGCAACAAUUUUUACAAGAAGAUUUCCCCAAAUUGACCAGGGAUAUUCAAUUUUCAAAGUCAAAUACAUUAUUUGAACAAGAUAACCUUUCCAGGGAUAGGUUUCCAAUACCGUCAAGUGACUAUGAAUAUCAAACUUGUGGUAGUUUUUCAGCACUUCCAGAUGAGACAGUACUGAAAAUUUUAAAAAAUUUAGAUCUAAGAUCUUUAUGUUGUUUAUGUAGAGUAAACAAACAUUUUAAUAAUAUUGCAAGGGAUGCUUUGUUGUACACAAGUCUCAAUUUAAGACCUUAUUGGUAUUGUUUGGAUACAUUAGCACUGAAUUACUUAGCACCUAGAUGUAAAUAUUUGCAACAAUUAGAUCUAUCGUGGUGUGGAAAUUAUAACAUGAUUAAAUAUCAAGAUUUCAUACAUUUUAUUCAUACAUCUGGAACUCUUGUGACACAUUUAAGAUUAAAUUGUUGUAAGUUCGUUAAUGACGCAGUCAUCCUCGAAAUUUCAACUGUUUGUAAAGAUUUAAAAGAAUUAUGUUUACGCAACUGUAUUGGAAUAACGAACGAAGGUUUUUCAAAGCUUGAAAACUUGGAAUUACUCGAACGUUUGGAACUUUAUAGAACGAACAUUGAAACUGCCACAUUGUGUACUAUAUUAAAAAAUAAUAUUAGAAUGCGACAUUUGAAUUUAGCUGGAAUGCAUGAUCGUUUAAAUAUUGAUGAAGUUGCAGUCCAAUUAGGAAGUUCAUGUCCACAUUUAGAAAGUGUAGAUUUUUGGAAAGCACAAACUUUAACACCACAUGGAGUUAGAGCCUUAUCUCAUUGCAGCAAGCUUCGCGAAAUUGAUUUCGGAUGGUGUGGUGGUAUGGGCGCACCUGGUGACUCUUUACGAGCACUAUUAUCUUCAUGUCCACACUUAGAGAAAGUAUUCUUAGCAGCCCUUAGAGGAUUAACGGAUCGCGACUUAGAGCCGCUUUUACUUUGUCAACGAUUGCAACAAUUGGAUUUGUUAGGGGCACGUUCUCUUACGCCUGAUAGAUGUUACGAGUUUCUUUUAUUUUGUCCAAAAUUGGAAAUGAUCGAUCUUAGCUUUUGCGAUGGAAUUAAUGAUUUUAUAGUACAAGAGUGGCGUCAGUUGUUUCCACGUGUUUCUAUUAAAAGAAGUUUUCAAGUCAUCGGUUCUGACAUGUUAUGAAAAAAGAAAACAUUCCAGAAUAUUUUAUAAAAUUUGUAUGUUUGUUCAUACAAUGAGAAUUAUUGUAUAAUAUAUAAUAUAAGAAAAAAUUAUAUUAGAUUUUUUAAUUCAAAUGAAUUACAUCUUAUUUAGUACGAAACAAAUGGAGAAAUGCAAAUAUUUUUUUCGGAAGCGAAGGUUCAUAGUUAGGGAAGGGGGGGGGGUGUAUAAAAGGGGUAGAAAUAAGUAUGUAGAUAAGAAUAAAUUAAGUUAGUAUAUGUGCAAAUUGUAAAAAAUUGUAUCCCUGAGGGAACAAAAAUAAAUACUAUUGCUAUAAACGCUAA